AUAAAAAAAAUAAUAAAAUAGAACUAAAAAUAGUUCAUACAACUUGCGUGCGUUUAAAUGAAAGUUUUCCACUUAAAAUGUCACUGUCAGGUUUGCGGCUGACGACUGAAUGCUUUUGAUUUGAACACAUGAGUGAACAUGAUUUUUGCAUGAGUUGUUCUGGCUGAUGGAUGUUAAACCGAUGGAAUGUGAGCAGGACGUGGGCUGUGGUCACAUGACCUCCACAUACCUGCACAGGUGGGACGCAUUUCCUGUGAAAUUCCCUCCAUGCUACACCCUACAUCCUCCACUCAUUAAAUAUAGAAGACAAACGGACUGUUAAUUUCGCAUAAAGGAGGAGUGACGUGUAACAUGCUGUGCAGAUGCUGAAGACCGACUGAGGAAGUGUAUCUCUGUCCCUCACACACACACACGUGCUGGAGGUGUGAUGUCGAUCUGUGACAGCGGUGUGUGUCCAGACGAGCACAAUCAUUGAUGGCUGGAUGUAGGGGUCCAAUGGUGUGUUAAAGGCGCCAUGGGGAGCUGCUGUAGCUGUCCCGAUAAAGAGAUCAUCCCUGACAACCAUCACAACAAAUUCAAGGUGAUAAACGUGGAUGAUGACGGUAAUGAGCUGGGCUCGGGUGUGAUGGAGUUGACGGAGGAAGAGCUCAUUCUGCACACGCGCAAACGAGACGCCGUUAAGUGGCCCUACCUCUGCCUGCGUCGCUAUGGCUACGACUCCAACCUCUUCUCCUUCGAGAGCGGCCGACGCUGCCAAACCGGUCAAGGGAUAUUUGCGUUCAAGUGUGCACGUGCGGAGGAGAUCUUUAACAUGCUGCAGGACAUCAUGCACAACAACAGCAUCAGUGUGGUGGAGGAGCCCGUGCUGGAGCCUGAGCUUCCAGUGACGCCUCACACUCCCACCACUCCCGGUUACUCCGUCCCAACGGUAGCCAAUGGGAUCGGCCGUUACCCGUCAUUCGGCGACGCCUCUUCGCGCCCGUCCAGCCGCCACCCCUCGGUGGGCAGCACUAGGUUACCGUCAGUGGGGGAGGAGUCCACACACCCGCUGCUGCUCAACGACGAAACGGUGCACACUUAUGUCAACACAACGGGUCUACAAGAGGAGCGGCGCUCUCGCGGCGGUGGCCACGCCCCUCUAGAACUCCGGACGUCCAAUCCAGAGAGCGCAGCCCCCGCGUCGCCCAAUGAGCUGGAGCCACGCGUGGUGUUGGAGCCGGAGGGCGCUAAGUUUGUUUUAGGCCCUACGCCUGUCCAGAGACAGAUGCUGCUCAAGGAGAGACAGCAAGAGCUGGGCGAGCAGGACGCGGGUGCAGCAGGCUCAAGUACUGACGCUGCUUCUCCUGCAAAGACUGUAAACGGCGGCACGGGCCCCGCCACGGACUGCGACACCGGCUACGACAGCGACGAGCGCAAGGAGACGCCACAUGAGACUCAUAACGGCGUGCCGCUGGUCACGGGAUCCGGUGCGAGACGCAUCAGACCUCCCGUUCCGCUCCCAGACGCUCACAACGCGAACAACUCGGCCCAGCGGCGGACAGCGCUGCUCAAUUACGAGAACCUGCCGGCGCUACCGCCCGUUUGGGAGACCCGCAAACCCAACAGCGAGGACGAGGAGGAACUCAAAUCGCCGUCUCUGAACGGCUUCCACUCCCUCGAUCACAACUACGUGAACACGGAGAACGUCACGGUGCCGCUCAGCGCACACAAACUCCACAGCUCCAGCACUCAACCCACCGUAUUCAACUUCGACCUCCGAAGGCUCGGAGUGGCCGACCCGCUCCGCCAGCUCAACUACAUCGAGGUGGAGAUGGACAAAGUGUCGGACUCCAGCGGGCCGCACACCCCGAAAACGCCCACCACGCCCCUGCCGCCCACACCCACGCGCCGGACAGAGCUGUACGCCAUCAUCGACAUCGAGCGCACGGCCGCCAUGUCCAGCCUGCAGAAAGCACAGCCACGGGACGACGGCACAUCCAGGAAAACGCGACACAACAGUACCGACCUGCCCAUGUGACCCGACCAGCCAGAAUGCACGAGUUCAUCUCUCCAAAACAUGUCUAGGUCACUUUUCACCACAGAAUAUAAAUACCUAAAUAAUUAUAUUUCAAAUUAAGCCAUUUUUAUACAUCAAAACUUGAUUUUUUUAUGUUUUUGAAGGCUGAAAUUAUUUGGCCAAACACAGUAAUACUGUAAAAUAUUAUUACAAUUUAAAAUAAGUAUGUUCUAUUGUAAUAUAUUGUAAAAUGCCAUUUUUUAAGCUGAAUUAAAUUCAGUAAAAUCAAUUUAAUGCAUCAUUGCUAAAUAAAAGUAUUCAUUUUUAUUAUUUUUAUUUUUAUUAUUAUAUUUUUAAAUCUUACUCACUCCAAACUUUUGAAUGGAACAACACCACCAGUCAAAAGUUUUUAAACAGUAAAAUAAACAAAUGUUUUAAAUAUUGACAAUAAUAAUAAUGGAAAAUGUUUCUGAAGGAUCAUGUGACACUGAAGACUGGAGUAAUGAUGCUGAAAAUUCAGCUUUGAUCACAGCAAUCAAUUACAUUUUACAAUAUAUUCAAUAGAAAACAGUUAUUUUAAAUUGCAAUAAUAUUUCACAUUUUUUACUGUAAUUUUGAUCAAAUAAAUGCUGCAUUGUUGAGGAGGAGAGACUUCUUUCAAAAACUUUAAAAAAUCUUAAAUAUUUCAAACUUAAAGAAUCGUCAUUUUUGUUUACAUUCACACUUUUCUUUGAUUUGGGGUGAAAUGACAAAUGACAGGUUUUGUGAGAUUUGCUCGUGUAUAUAUAUAUAUAUAUAUACAUAUAUAUAUAUACACACACAUUUUUGUACUUUACAAGUGCACUGAUCUGCAUUCAUACGCCCAACAUGCACCAUCUGUGGCGGGAAAACGCAGGUCCGAAAUGUUCAAGUCAAACAGGUACAGAUGAGGAAACACUACAACGGUUUAGCAGACCUCAUUCACCAAUGCUGUGAUGUUUUACUCUCUAUCGAAGUGUUCGAAAUUCGUCUUUCUUGUGGUUACUACGUCGAUGUUAAGUCACUCAUUUUGCACUUGAGAGCAAUAAAAGAUGCUCACUACGGUAUUCUAGAAUCACAUGGUACACUGCCGUCACUUUAAACACUCGCUCUCCUUCCUCAGCCCUUCUGCUCUGCUAGCGUGAUCCCAGAGGACGUGUUUUUAGCCGUACACUCUCGUCUGUCGACCAAACACACGCUUCGCCGCCCGCCGAAGUGAACUCCAGUGAGUCUCAGAGCAGCUCUUUUCUUCCUCACGCCUCUCAGUUGCUAAGAAACCCUGGUAUUUGAUUAGCAUUUUGGUGCUACAGGUGGUUUAAAAGGGUUUUCAGGUAUAGAAAAUGUACAGUUAAUAAUAUUAGUGAUACACUGUGUAUCUGUGACUAUAUCAGUAAUGGAAAAUAUUAUCUGCCGGAUAAAAAUCAGGGCUUAUUUUUCCCCCAACUUAAACAGGUUUCUUAAAAUAAAAUAAAUAAAUAAGAUAUAAAAAAUAUUUUAACUGGUUACAAAUGAAGAGUUCAUUUGCAAAAACUGAUAACUAAAAAAACUCAAACAUCAUCUUUUUUUCACUGUGCAUUCCAAUUAAUCUCAAUCAAACUGCAGUUGGGUUAUUUUGCUAUAAAGUAAAAAUAACUAAAAAAUACAGAUAACUAACAAUAAAACCCAAUAAAAACAUGAUAACAUAAUAAAAAACAUGAUUUAAAAAAAAAAAAAAAAAAAUGUAGUUAUCUGUUUUUGCAAAUAAACUCGUCAAAUAUACUAUGAAAAUAUAGAAUUUCACAUGAAAGUCAUUAUAAAUUUUAGGUUCCUUGUCAUUUUUUUUAAAACAAAUAAAUAAAUACAGUGCAAAAAAUUAUUUAUAUAUAAAAUCUUACAAGCUUAUUUUCCAAGAAAAAAUAUAUAUGCAUAUCAUUAUUUCAGAUUAAAUCCAAUUUUUCAUAAAAAGCAUAAAAAUGAUUAACUAUGCUAAAAAAAUUGCGUAGAAACUAUAUAUAUACACGUACGUAAGCAUAAA